UCUAAGCGAGAAAUGCGCGGCAGCAUUGAACAUCUAAUUGGAUCUAUUUUGCCAAAAACUACAGUUGCUUCUGCUGCUGCUUCCAACGAUGGAAACCGAUGUGCAAAACACAGAUGCUAAGGAUACGCUGACUCAGCUGCUCGAAAUGGGCUACGCAGAGAUCGAGGCACGACAGGCGCUGGCGCAUGCCUCCAAUAAUCUGGAGCUGGCCAUACAAUAUCUAGUCGGCGACUACGAUGCCGAGCAGACCGAUGAGGCGCUGCAGCGACGCACGCGUCGCCGCUGCAAGGAGCUGCGCAGCUGCCUCAUGGGUAAUCCAGCCAUAACCGAUUACGCCGUGGCAGCGCUAAUGAAGAAACCGCGCACUGCCGAAGCGUUGCGUGAGCUGGUCGGCACGCACAGCGCGAUGUUUUUGGGAUCGCUAUUGGAGUCAUCCUCCGACGAGGAGCAGCCGAAUGAGGAGCGCAAGCAGCGAGAAUAGCAGAUUCAAUGAGAAAAUAAGAGAGGUGGAGAGAAGCUGCCAGAUCAGCUGUUAAAACUAGGUAUUAAAGCGAAUUGAACGAAGGCUAAGAAAAAAA